AUGCAAAAUGAGGGAGCCUCCCAAGCAAACACCCAGAACAUAGCUCAGCUUCAACAGGCCAUACAUGAUAUGCAGCAGCAGCACUUGAUGCAUGAGCGCUGCUUUGUGGCUCAAGAGGACACCCGGCGGAGAAAUAAUCUGAAGAUCAGAGGGGUCCUGGAGGAAAUCCCUGAG